ACUCAGAUGGGGCGAAAGCAAUUGCUUCCGAAAUAGCUAAAUGUACUAAUCUCUCCACUUUAAGCAUCAACAUUGGGUCUAAUAAUAUAGAUUCAGAUGGGGCGAAAGCAGUUGCUUCCAAAAUAGUAAAAUGUACUAAUCUCUCCACUUUAAGCCUCAACCUUGAGUCUAAUAAAUUUGAUUCAGAUGGGGCGAAAGCAGUUGCUUCCGAAAUAGCUAAAUGUACUAAUCUCUCCACUUUAAUCCUUGACAUUGGGUGGAAUCAAAUAGGUUCAAAUGGGGCGAAAGUAGUUGCUUCCGAAAUAGCUAAAUGUACUAAUCUCUCCUUUUUAAGCCUAAACCUUUCGUCUAAUUAUAUAGAUUCAGAUGGGGCGAAAGCAUUUGCUUCCGAAAUAGCUAAAUUUACUAAUCUCUCCACUUUAAGCCUCAACCUUUC